CGCUAUUUACAUUUGUAAACAAACGAGGUCAACGUGUUUAGGUUCCUCUUAGAUAAUGGAACGUUCUAAGAUUCAACCUCCUCCAUAUGAAUAUCCACCUCAAUGGAUCUCACCAGAAGAGAGACGAUAUCAUCCUGAUUACAAUGGCGAUAUGAAGCAUUUCCUACCUCGUCUUGUUAAGUUAAGAAGAAGUAAAGUGACUGACACUUUAGGAUUUAAUAUCCGAGGUGGUAGAGAACACUCUUGUGGUAUUUUCAUUUCAAAGGUAAUGCCCAAUACGGAUGCAGAAAGACUUGGUUUAAAAGAAGGAGAUCAGAUAUUAUCUGUCAAUGAAUAUAAUUUUGAAGAUAUUGAACAUUCUAAGGCCGUAAAAAUUUUAAAAUCUCAUACAGAUAUUGAAAUGCAAAUUCGAUUUUUUCCUUACGGUAGGUAUAAAAAUUUAAGGCACCUUUUGUCAAACAGUAACAAAUGAACAAAUAGAAUUUUUAGAUUAAAACAAUACAGGAUAUGGAAAAACUUACGAGAGAUCCACAUUAUCGAGUCACGGAAGUCUAAGCAGUCCUCAAUAGCAU